AUGAAAAGUACUGGUGUCCCAAUUACAGGAAGAGUAGUACAGCAAGAAGUAGUUACCAAGUGGUGCCCUGGUGUCAUAAGGACUUAUGCACUUGAAGAGUUGAAGAUGGCAACAAGGGAUUUUCGAAUUCGGAUAGGGGUUGGAGCAACUUCUUUUGUGUAUCUUGCAGAUCUUGGGGAUGCUCAGUUCGGGGCGGUGAAGAGAGUGAUGGAGGGCAGAGGUGGGAGCAAGAAGAUAUUCUUGGAUGAAGUUUCAGUCUUGUUAAGGAUUUCUCAUCCAAAUUUAGUGAGGUUGAUGGGUUUCUGCUUGGAAAAGGGAGAGCAACUUCUUCUACUAGAGUAUGUCCCAAACAAGACUCUCUUCGACAGAAUGCAUACAUACCAUGGCCAAUCCUCAGGUAUUCUUUCAUGGUCUAGCCGCUUAAGCAUAGCACUUGACAUUGCUCGAGCUCUGGAUUACCUCCACUCGCAAGCUGAUCCAACCAUCAUUCACAGGGAUGUCAAAUCCUCUAACAUCCUCUUAGUUGACGAUGAUCAUGCCAAGUUAGCCGACUUUGGGCUAUGCAAGUUAGGCUAUGACAAACCUGGCUCAGAAACUAGUACUACGACUCCAACUCCAGCUAGCAUCAAGGGCUCCUUUGGUUACAUUGACAUUGACUACCUCAAAACUGGCCUUGCAACACCCAAGAUUGAUGUUUAUAGCUAUGGGGUGUUGGUACUUGAGCUCAUCACGGGCCUCAAAUCAAUAAAAGGCUCUGUGACACUUGCUGAAUGGACUGAGGAGUAUAGGAAGAGUGACGAUAUAGAAGUUUGGGCUAAACUAUUGGAUCCAAAACUUAACGGGAAUGCGAAUUUGGAGCAGCUAAGUGUGUUGAUCCAUGUAGCCAAUUUGGCUCUAUUAGAGAAUUCCGAAGGGAGACCAGAAAUGUGGCAGAUUGUAGAUAGAAUUCUUAGAUGCAUGGAACCUCGAUCCUAUCACCACUUGUUGCCAGUGUAA